CUCUCAAGAUACCUUUUGAAACAAAACAUUUUUCUCAUACUUGGUGACUGAGUGAUUUACUAAGACUCUCUUGCUCAUUUUUGAGUGUUGUCUGAACUAUUCCUGACACUAUGAAUGCUAUUUGGAUGCCCCUUAAGUUUGUUCUCAGGGGAGGCAGCAAGGGGCCGUGGAGCUGGCCUCAGCACCAGAAGAGGCUGGACUUCCUGUCUCUCUGUGCUGAAUGGCUGCGAUGGCGCCCGCUCUCACUGACGCAGCAGCUGAAGCACACCACAUCCGGUUCAAACUGGCUCCCCCAUCCUCCACCUUGUCGCCAGGCAGUGCCGAAAAUAACGGCAACGCCAACCUCCUUAUUGCUGCCAACGGAACCAAAAGAAAAGCCAUUGCUGCAGAGGAUCCUAGUCUAGAUUUCCGAAAUAAUCCUACCAAGGAAGAUUUGGGAAAGCUGCAACCACUGGUGGCAUCCUAUCUCUGCUCUGAUGUAACAUCUGUUCCCUCCAAGGAAUCUUUGAAAUUACAAGGGGUGUUUAGCAAGCAGACAGUCCUUAAGUCUCAUCCUCUCUUGUCGCAGUCCUAUGAACUCCGAGCUGAGUUGUUGGGGAGACAGCCAGUUUUGGAGUUUUCCUUAGAAAAUCUUAGAACCAUGAAUACAAGUGGCCAGACAGCUCUUCCACAAGCGCCUGUCAAUGGAUUGGCUAAGAAAUUGACUAAAAGUUCAACACAUUCUGAUCAUGACAAUUCCACUUCCCUCAAUGGGGGAAAACGGGCUCUCACUUCAUCUGCUCUACAGGGAGGUGAAGUAGGGGGAUGUGACUCUGGGGACUUAAAGGGGGGUAUGACCAAUUGCACUCUUCCACACAGAAGCCUUGAUGUAGAACACACAACUCUAUAUAGCAAUAAUAGCACUGCAAACAAAUCUUCUGUCAAUUCCAUGGAACAGCCCGCACUUCAAGGAAGCAGCAGGUUAUCACCUGUUACAGACUCUUGCUCUAACUUGGGAGGUGUCAAGUUAGAGGGCAAAAAGUCUCCCCAGUCUUCCAUUCUUUUCAGUGCUUUAGAUUCUGAUACAAGAAUCACAGCUUUACUGAGGCGACAAGCUGAUAUUGAGAUCCGUGCCCGCAGGUUACAGAAGCGCUUACAGGUUGUACAAGCCAAGCAGGUGGAGAGGCAUUUACAGCAUCAAUUGGGUGGAUUUUUGGAGAAGACUUUGAGUAAACUGCCAAAUUUGGAAUCCUUGAGGUCCCGGAGCCAGUUGAUGCUGACCCGAAAGGCUGAAGCUGCCUUGAGAAAGGCUGCCAAUGAGACCACCACUUCAGAAGGACUUAGCAAUUUCUUGAAAAGCAAUUCAGUUUCAGAAGAGUUGGAGAGAUUUACAGCUAGUGGCAUAGCCAAUUUGAGGUGCAGUGAACAAGCAUUUGAUUCCGACGUCACUGACAGUAGUUCUGGAGGAGAGUCUGAUAUUGAAGAGGAAGAACUGACCAGAGCCGAUCCUGAGCAGUGCCAUGUACCCCUUAGUCAAUAUAGAAGACAUCUGUGAUCUUGAAAAGUCUGGAGAUUUCUCCAAACCAGUAA